UGGCUCUUCCUCCUAUCGUCCAUCUUCCCACACCGCGCUGUUCCGACCACUGCAUUGAUGCUGUUACCUCCCUCGGCGAUGACGUCACCGCCCCGUGGUUCGGUACAGCAUCCUCCUCCGACACAACCAUUUUGGACACCACCAUCCACUCCAGACCCAAGCCUGCAGGUCAGCGGCCCCCACGGCCACCGCCUACCCCGAAAAGGCACCUCCUUUCACGGGUCGACAGAGGACACCGAGUCCUUCCGUCUUGAUGGAGACUGGUCGUAGGCGGGAAGGAUCCAAUUGAAAAUACGACUGAGGUCCACAAACACGGUGCUAACGUCACAGCUGCGGUGGUCCAAAUAAGUCGGCUAAGAAGGGCGGUGCACCAUGGCGGGAGCCUCUGUGAAGGUGGCGGUCCGUGUCCGGCCUUUCAACUCCAGGGAGAUGAGCAAAGAGAGCAAAUGCAUCAUCCAGAUGUCAGGAAACACUACCACCAUUAUUAACCCCAAGCAGGCCAAAGACAACAAGAGCUUCAACUUUGAUUACUCCUACUGGUCACACACUUCGCCCGAGGAUGUGAACUACGCAUCUCAAAUGCUCGUCUACAAAGACAUCGGCGAGGAAAUGCUGCUGCACGCCUUCGAGGGUUACAACGUCUGCAUCUUUGCGUAUGGACAGACAGGCGCCGGCAAGUCCUACACUAUGAUGGGAAAGCAAGACGUCAAAGAUCAACAGGGCAUUAUCCCGCUGCUGUGUGAAGAUCUCUUUACCAAAAUCAACGACAACACAGACAACAGUAUGUCCUACUCCGUGGAGGUGAGCUACAUGGAAAUCUACUGCGAGCGUGUGCGUGACCUGCUCAACCCCAAGAACAAAGGCAACCUGCGGGUGCGAGAACAUCCGCUGAUGGGCCCCUACGUGGAGGACCUGUCCAAGUUGGCUGUCACCUCCUACAAUGACAUCCAGGAUCUGAUGGACUCUGGCAACAAAGCCAGGACGGUGGCUGCUACCAACAUGAACGAGACCAGCAGUCGCUCACACGCCGUUUUUAACAUCAUUUUCACUCAGAAACGCCAUGACGCCGACACCGACAACACCUCUGAGAAGGUGAGUAAAAUCAGUUUGGUGGAUUUGGCCGGCAGCGAGAGAGCUGAUUCCACUGGAGCCAAAGGGACCAGGCUGAAGGAAGGAGCCAACAUCAACAAAUCCCUAACCACGCUGGGAAAAGUCAUCUCCGCUUUGGCAGAAGUGGACUCUGGACCAAACAAGAACAAAAAGAAGAAGAAAGUGGAAAGUUUCAUUCCUUAUCGCGAUUCAGUUCUGACUUGGCUACUCCGAGAGAAUCUUGGCGGGAAUUCACGCACCGCCAUGGUGGCUGCGCUGAGCCCGGCGGACAUUAACUAUGAUGAGACACUCAGCACACUCAGGUAUGCCGACCGCGCCAAGCAAAUCCGCUGCAACGCAGUCAUCAACGAGGAUCCUAACAACCGGCUGGUGCGUGAGCUAAAGGAGGAGGUGUCUCGCCUGAAAGACCUGCUCUUUGCCCAAGGCCUGGGUGACAUCAUCGAGACAUUUCGAGGGUCUGCUGCUGAGAUCGAGGGUUUGAAACUGACCAACGCCAUGACGGGCAUGAGUCCUUCGCCGUCACUGUCAGCCCUUUCCAGCCGCGCUGGCUCCAUCGCCAGCCUGCACGACCGCAUCAUGUUCAGCCCGGCCAAUGAGGAGGCCAUUGAGCGCCUGAAGGAAACUGAGAAAAUCAUCGCAGAGCUCAACGAGACAUGGGAAGAGAAACUUCGUCGGACUGAAGCCAUUCGAAUGGAACGAGAGGCCCUGCUGGCAGAAAUGGGUGUGGCCAUGCGCGAGGACGGCGGCACAGUUGGCGUCUUCUCCCCCAAGAAGACGCCUCAUCUGGUGAACCUGAAUGAGGACCCGCUCAUGUCCGAGUGCCUACUCUACUACAUCAAGGAUGGAAUCACCAGAGUGGGCCGUGUGGAUGCCGCAAGCCGCCAGGACAUCGUACUUAGCGGCCACUUCAUCAAGGACGAGCACUGCACUUUCACCAGCUCCUCUGGACCGCAGGGGGAAACCGUUGUCCUGGAGCCCUGCGAAGGAGCUGAGACCUACGUCAACGGCAAGAGAGUAACAGAGGCCACAGUCCUCAAAUCAGGCAAUCGUAUCAUUUUGGGCAAGAGCCACGUGUUCCGCUUCAACCACCCCGUGCAGGCGCGGGCUGAGAGGGAGAGGACCCCGUGUGCCGAGACUCCCGCGGAGCCCGUGGACUGGGCCUUUGCCCAGAGGGAGCUUCUGGAGAAGCAAGGCAUUGACAUGAAGCAAGAAAUGGAACAGAGGCUGCACGAGUUGGAAGAUCAAUAUCGCAAAGAAAGAGAGGAGGCCAACAACCUGCUGGAGCAACAAAGACUGGAUUAUGAGAGCAAGCUGGAGGCUCUUCAGAAGCAGGUGGAUCGUUAUUACCCAGAGGCUCCCGAGGAAGAGGAGGAACCAGAAGAGGAAGUUCAGUGGAGCGAGCGUGAAAGAGAGCUAGCCGAGUGGAGCUUUCGCAGGUGGAGGUGCUAUCAGUUCACCUCCCUACGGGACCUCCUUUGGGGCAACGCCAUUUUCCUCAAGGAGGCCAACGCCAUCAGCGUUGAGCUCAAGAAGAAGGUUCAGUUCCAGUUUGUGCUGUUGACCGACACCCUCUAUUCGCCGCUCCCACCCGACCUGCUUCCGCCUGAGGCCGGAAAAGAGCGUGAGAGGCGAAUCUUUCCGCAAACAAUCGUGGCCGUGGAGGUGCAGGAUCAGAAGAAUGGAGCCACUCAUUAUUGGACCCUGGAAAAACUCAGGCAAAGACUCGAUCUCAUGCGAGAGAUGUACGACCGUGCUGCCGAGGUUCCUCCUACCAUUGCCCUUGCCUCCUCAACGGGUACAAAUCCCACCACAGACGACGGUGAAGGUGCCAUGACGGGCGGCGACCCUUUUUACGACCGCUUCCCAUGGUUCAGAUUGGUGGGCAGAAACCCUCUUUUCAACGCGUGCAUGAGCGAGCGCAUGAGCGACCCCACUCCGUCCCCCACCCUCUCCGCCUCCGAGACCACCGACUCCCCUCAGCCGGAGGCUCGAGGCGGCGGCGAGGACGACGAGUCGGAGGAUCUGGACGAUGAUAUCUUUUUGGAUGAGCCAAGCUCGGAGCUGGUGGGAGAGGAGGAGGAGGAUGAUGAGGAUGAUGAUGAGGAGGAGGUGGAGGAGGAGCGAGAGCUGUGCCGAAGCUCCAGCGAAGGCCAGGAUCCCUUUUACGACCGCUCGCCAUUAUUCAGUGUAGUGGGAAGGUCAUUUGUAUACUUAAGCAACCUGCUCUACCCCGUUCCCCUGGUGCAUCGUGUGGCCGUCGUAAGCGAGAAGGGCGACGUUAAGGGCUUCCUGCGUGUGGCGGUGCAGGCCAUAUCGCCCGAUGAGGAAGCACCCGACUACGGCUCAGGGGUGCGACAGUCGGGCACUGCCAAAAUCUCCUUUGAAGAUCAACAAUAUGAAAAGUUUCAGUCUGAGUCCUGCCCAGCGGGCCUGUCACGCACUGGAAUCUCCCAGGAGGAACUUCGCAUCGUGGAGGGCGAGGGGCAGAGCACGGAGACAGGGCCCUCGGCGGACGAGGUCAACAAUAACACAUCUGGCAGUAAUGAAGACGACUUGGCAGCGAAGUCGGGACUGGAUGGGCAAGUGGAUGUGACGGUGGAGCAUCUGAAGAUCGGGAAUGUUUUCACCUUUCGUGUGACCGUGCUGCAAGCAUCCAACAUUUCCGCUGAGUACGCUGACAUCUUCUGCCAGUUCAAUUUCAUCCACCGGCAUGACGAAGCCUUCUCUACUGAACCCUUGAAGAACACGCCCCGUGGACCGCCACUGGGCUUUUACCACGUGCAGAAUAUUGCCGUUGAAGUAACCAAAUCGUUUGUGGACUACAUCAGCACUCAACCGAUUGUGUUUGAGGUGUUUGGACACUACCAGAAACAAGUUUUUCUUCCUCUCUGUAAAGAUAUCAUCAGUCCACUGCGGCCCUGCAGGAGACAGUUCCCCCGUGUGAUGCCUUUGUCCAAACCAGUGCCAGCCACCAAGCUGACGGCGAUGGCGCGCCCGCAGGUAGGACCGUGCCACUGCAAGUAUGACCUGAUGGUUUUCUUUGAGAUCUGUGAGCUGGAAGCCAACGGAGACUAUCUCCCUGCUGUGGUGGACCACAGAGGAGGAAUGCCUUGUCACGGCACCUUCCUCCUGCACCAGGGCCUCCAGAGGAGAAUCACCGUCACCAUCGUGCACGAAUCUGGCGGCGACAUCGAUUGGAGAGACGUGCGCGAGCUUGUUGUCGGACGUCUCCGCAACACGCUGGAAUCUGACGAGAGCAUCGUGGACCCCAACAUUCUGUCCCUUAACAUCUUGUCCGCCGGCUACGUCAGGCCCUUGCACGAUGACAGACAGUUUCUUGAUUCAGACAUGCCUAGCAUCUCCCGUCGGGGACUUGAUCCGAGGACGUUCUACCGCUUCGAGGCGGCGUGGGACAGCUCCAUGCACAACUCCCUGCUCCUGAACCGAGUCACGCCCCACGGCGAAAAGAUCUACAUGACGCUCUCGGCGUACCUAGAGCUGGAGAAAUGCACGCAGCCGGCGGUGGUGACCAAAGACGUGUGCAUGGUCUUCUACUCUCGCGACACCAAACUAUCCGCCUCGCGUUCCAUUCGCAAUCUUUUCGGCACCGGGAGCCUGAGAGCGGCCGAUGGAAAUCGUGUGACGGGCGUGUACGAGUUGAGCCUGUGCAACCUGGCGGAUGCGGGAAGUCCGGGCAUGCAGCGGCGCAGGCGGCGAGUGCUGGACACGUCAGUGGCGUACGUCCGCGGCGAGGAGAACCUGGCCGGGUGGAGGCCUCGCAGCGACAGCCUCAUCCUAGAGCACCAGUGGGAGCUCGACAAGCUCAGCUUGCUUCAGGAUGUGGAGAAGACCAAACAUUUCCUGUUGCUGCGGGAGAAGCUUGAGUCCACCCUACUGCUGGCGGGUCGGGGGGCUCAGCAGCCGGCGGACGAGGAGCCCGAAGACCCGGGGGUCUGCACGGCAUCCGACAUCACCACCGACAGGCAACGGGAGCUCGCCACCAAGUGUCUGCGGCUGCUCACUCACUCCUUCGACAGAGAGUACACUCACGUUUGCGUCAGCGCCAGUGAAAGCAAGAUCUCGCAAAUGUCUGUCACCACGCUGAGAGACUCGGCCUCCAUCUCCACCCUCAACACCAUCACGCCCUCGUCCACCUGCCCUUCCCUGGUGGAGGGUUGCUACGGCAACACAGAUCUCAGACCUCCCGCUCCUCGCUCCCGUGCCGUCAGUCCGAGUCCCGACGCGCAGCCGGAUGCUGAUGCCAAAAAGUGCGCGAGCGCAAGCUCAGAAGGGAAACCUCGCAUCCGUAGAUUCGUUCCCGAUAUCCAAGAGAUCCGAGUCAGCCCCAUUGUGUCCAAAAAGGGUUACCUGCACUUCCUGGAGCCGCACACCAACGGCUGGGUGAAGCGCUACGUGGUGGUGCGCCGGCCGUACGUCUACAUCUACAACACGGAGCGUGAUGCCAUAGAGCGAGCCAUCCUCAACCUGUCCUCGGCGCAGGUGGAGUACAGUGAAGACCAGCAGGCCAUGCUCAAGACCCCCAACACUUUUGCCGUGUGCACGGAGCACCGUGGAAUAUUGCUUCAAGCCACUAGUGACAAAGAUAUGCACGACUGGCUGUAUGCCUUCAAUCCUCUCCUGGCGGGGACUAUCAGAUCCAAGUUGUCCAGAAGACGAGUGGGACAGAUGAGGAUGUGAUGGAAAAGACUUGAGAUGUAUAUAGACUACCGACCCCUCUCCCUUUCCACCCCGCCGGCGCCAUCUUCCUUCCCCCAGUUAGCGUUACUCUACGCCAUCUUGUGUCAGGAUUUUUCUAAUCAGUCCGGUAGUCAGAUUCCAAACGUGUGUGGUGAUGUCAUGUAGUCGUGUCAGUGGCGCAUCCGAUCUUAUACAUACAACACAUUACCUACUGUACGUGUGUGCGUACGCAUGUGCGUGGACAUGCAGCAAGAAAGAAAAUCAGAGUUUGGGCAAAAGUAUUGGGACACUGGCCAAGUCAAAACUGGAACUGGGACAAAAAGUUUUAAGAAACUUGAUAACCAUGAAGUACAGUCACAAAAAUUAUUGGGAUACCCAGGAAGGAAGAAAAAUGAAGUUUGGCAAAUGUAUUGGGAUAUCUGCCAGAUGCGUCAGUAAAAGCAGUUUGGAUAGAAGCACUGGGACACCGAUAGGAAAUCAAAACUGUUUGAAAAUGUUGACAAAAUAUUGCAACAUUAGCAAAAGUAUGUUGGAAUUCGUCUUGGUUUGGCAAUUUUUUUGUUUUGAAUCCAGCCAGCUUUUUAUGGACUGAAAAUGACCUUGCAUCACCUAACGAUUAAUUAAUGAACAGGUGUGUCCUAAUACUUUUGUCUCUCUAAAAAUGCACCUCUUGAACAGCUAUCUUUUUUUGUUGUUGUUGUCAUUUCUCCGACAAACUUUCUCACAUGCUGCCUUCCAUGUUUGCACAUCUGCACUCGCGUAACACAACAGCGACGCCACGUUCAUCCUCACAUUUUGAAACUUCCGCUGUCGCUUUAUUUAUUUUUGUAUUUAUUUCCAUGUGCAUGUAUGUAUUCAUGGACAAAGACGUUUACAGUGUAUUUGUAAAGUGGUGCAAUGUGUGCACAUGGCACUUUGUAAGACGCUCCCUCCCACGAUGUUGUUUUGAGAAGAAUAACGCAAACACACUUUACUUGAAUGAAUCCCCUCCACUCCUUUAAGUUGUCAGGCUAGUAGGAAGUAAUAUGAAAUCCUAAAUAGAUAUACUCUUUAAAGUGCAUAUAGAUGACAUCGUGCCUCACGGUUGCGUUCUAUCGGACAACCUUCACGCUGCUAUUUAUGCUCUUCAUCCUGACAUCAUCAUUAUUAUGUAUUAUCAUCUACACAAUGUCUCCACUUUAACCCUUUCAGGGACAGCGGUUACGACAGUGGACAGUUUAUCAUGUUAUCAGGUUACAGGUUAUCAUGAUUGGUGCAUGUAACAGGCUCUGCUGUACUCUACGUAGCCGACACAAGUGAUCCCAGCCUAAUUCAAACGUGAAAUGUAAGAUUUUUUUUUCUCAAUUUUUCACUGCCCGGGUGAGGUGAGUUGUGCGUCAGGUCAGCCAACCUGAGUGCACGCUUACAACAAAAAAAAUCCUUUUCAUUCUCACAAAAUGGUCUCAGAAUUUUUACACAAACUGCGUGUCACAUUGGCUCCAACCAAAGUUGUUGUAGUCAUUCAACACUGAAUGUACAAACCACAUUUUUAAGCUUCUACCACUCCUUAAGUGCUUGUGUGUGCGUGUGCUCCCAUUUGACCUCACGCACUUCAAGACGUGUACUACUGUGUGUUGAUGUGUGUGCGGCACCACUGUUGUUUAUUAAAACACGCGACCCUUGACCGUCAUUUUCUAUCACCUUCGGCUCUGAAUGGGAAAAGGCCAUUUUUGUGCUUCCACAUUUCUUUUUUCCCGCUUUCUCAAAAAAAAAAACAACGACAUCGCAUUGUAUAUAAUAAACAUGAUUGCUGUGAACGGCGUGUGUCAAACAUUAGGGGGCCGAGCUCUUACUGUCAAUGGGCUGUUGGAGUUCAUUCAGUGUGUCUUUUUUUUUUCGAGUGUCGGAGUAAAGCGUCCAAAUAUUUGUGCGUGUGUGUUUGCACCGAAACACAUUAUCAUAUAUGGAAUAAAAAUAAAAUAACAAUGAUGCAACAUG